ACGUAUAGAGGGUGCGAAUGAGCGUAAGAAAAAUAAAAUAAAAUAAAAUAAAACAACCCACCGUAGCUUUUUCUCUCGCAAUUUUUCCCUUCGCACCCAAUCGCACGCUUUUCCGCUCGCUCUCGCUUUUCCGCUCGCUCCGGAUGCCGUUACCGUUUUUUGCUUGUAUGGGUGUUUCAGUAGGACGAAAACCAAACCCUUGUUGUUCGAGCACUCGAGCGAGGUUGUCUCCGCGAAAAUACAGCGUAAGAAGAAGCAGCGGCAGGAUGAAACGAACGGUCGGGAAAAACACUCCCGUGAGCACAAACCAUCGCGCAGACUUCGGGAAAAUCCUGGCGAGCGCGGUACUGAGAACUCAACGGUGAGAGCGAGAGAGAGAGAGCGAGAGAGUGCGCGCAGAUCCUGCGUAUCCUGCUGCUUUGCUGGAAAGAGUCGGCAAGCAGUGCGUGCGUGUGUGUGUGCGUGUGCGUGUGUGUUGGCCGCGCGAGCGCGCUCGUACACCAGAGCGGGACGGGCGAGCUGCGAGCAAAAUUAAAGAUGAAUGCACAGAUAUAUACGUGCCUCAUCUUGCUCAGGCGCCGUUUUUCCAGCAAAGCUUUAAGUGUCGGAAGCGGAAAACGGAUCGACCGUGUUGGAAGCCACGCUCUCGGGCCAUCCCCCCAUCCCCGUCCCUCGACCCGGAAUCUCCCGUCCGCGAGGCGAGCUAGGUAAACGGGCAGGAACAGCGUGCGGACACAUCAUCGAAGAAGAGGCGGAAGCGCACAGAAAAAAGGGGGAAGAAGAAAAGCACUAACCAAAAAGGACAUCCGACCGCGGCCACUGGCACGGCGAAAUAUCGCCACAUACACAUCGCAUCGCACCAGGAACCACUGCUACGGGGGUGGCGCAGCGUAAGCGUUGCGUCGGCUGGGUUGGUGGGUGUCGUGAAAAGUCGCAAGUCGUGUGUGUCCCCGCGAGCUGGUAGCAGCCAGCAGCAGCCAACAAUCUCGCACAGCACGGCCAGCAGCCAAACGGAACGGUCGGAACAGAGUGUUUUUUUUUUUUUUUGCUGCAGUUCAGCGCCGCUCGGUGGGCAUAUCACGCAUUGCGUUGCUGGGUUGCCGCCCCUUGGCAGUGCAAAAACGCGGCCCUGCCCGCAACGGCAGAGAGUGGUGCGGCGUACCCGCAAAAACCGUAUGGUUCGGGCGCGCUGGUCAGCCGACCAGUGGAAAAUGGCCACCAGCCACCAGGACGGACGGGACGGCCCCGACCAGGAAGCAUCCGCAGAACAGUGCUGGUGAAUUCGGGUAGCGUGAACCUGCGGGUGUGUGCGUGUGUGUGUGUGAAGCAAAAAGAAGAAGAACAAAAAAUAUAUAGAAAAACAAGGAAAAGCAAACGGGAAAAGCGUAGGGGAAGAGCGCAAAAGAACGGGGAAAAAAACGGUGCGUUCGGUAGUUCGUGGCGGUGUUGUGUGCGCGCCUUGAGUAGGUGGGAAGUGGUGUGCGUUUGUGUGUGUGUGCACGAGAGAGUGUUUCCUUCUCCCCCCACAUUGGUCUUCAUUCGGAACAGGCUCGGGGGGAGGCACAGUGGUAGGUAAAGCAAAAAAAAAAAAAAACGGGCGAAAUGAUGAUUUGUUUGGAGGCGCAUCCUGCCACCUAAAGGGGGGCCGCCCUGUUCCGCGUUGCGGGGGGAGGGGCUGGUGUUGAUGAUGAUGCUGAUGAUGAUGCUGGGGGACGACGCCGCCCCGUGCCCGAAAGCGAUAGUUGCGAACAUUACAUAAGGAAGUGGCACAAAGUUGCACAUUCGGCUUCAAAAUACAUACACACACACACAAGAGAAGUGAAAAAAACGGCAUAGAACGGCUUGUCACACCCACACACACACACACACGCACGUAUAGGGGCGUCCAAACAAACGCCUCUACAUCGGUUACCCCCUUUUCUGUUGUUGGUGUUGUGUUGGUCCCCGAUCACGAUCCCCGACCGCGCCCGCAUCAACCUCAACUCCGGGUAAGAUGCCCAAACUUCUGGACAGUGAUCUCGACUCACCGAUUGCGAACCUGAUCAAGCGCGGGCCCGGCGCGACCAUCAACAACGGCAGCAGCUCGAGCAAGCAGAGCGCCCACUACUCGAACGACACGACCAGCGAGAAGUCGGACGGCGGCGGCCCGUUCGAGUCGAUCGUCGGCCGGCACCAUCUGGUCGGUGGCGGCGGCGGCGGCGGCCUCGGCGGUGUCGGCGGCAACUCCAACUCGUCGUCCUCGUUCUUCUCGUCCGCGUACGACGCGAAGGACGGGUCGAACGAGGGCGGCGGCAGCAGCUACGGCAGUGCGGCCGUAGGCCUGCCAGCAGGCCCGCCGGCCCUCGGCGGUCCCGGGCAGCCGCCGCCGCUGCCGCCCCAGAGCGCGUUCUUUCAAUCAACCGCCACUGCAACCACCACCGCCAGCAGCAACCAUCGGGACGGCGGGAAGGGCGCGCCCGCCGCCGGUCCCGAGUCGCGUGUCAAAAAGUAUCGCCAUCAGCAGUUCAGCAAGAACAUCUACAUCGGCACGAAGAACGCGGAGAAGUGGGACACGCUCCGGAACGUGCUGCUGUUCAAGAACGAUGUGGAGUUUGUGUCCUUUCUGCUCAAGCUGGCGGAGAGCAACUGCUGGAAGAAGGACUCGCCGCUGCUGAACGGAUUUCACAGUGAAACGCUACCGCUGAAGCCGCAAGGAGCCGCCACCAAGGGUGGGCGGACCAAAUCGGGCUCCCGUGGCAAGCAUCAGCUGCAGGAGCCGCCACAGGACAACCAGCAACUGCUCGACCAGCAACAGCAGCAGCAGCAGCAGCAGCAGCAGCUACAGUCGUCAUCAAUCAGCUUCGCCAGCGCCAAAUCGAUCGGGGGCGCGGGCAAGAAAACCAAGAGAGUACAAUUUAACAAGAAUGUAAAUAUUAUCCAUAAGCUCGAGGACGGCAGCCGGCGCAAGAUGGUGUCCUUCGGCGAGAAGGCCCUGGCGGACGAGCCGGCCCCGCACCAGCACGACGAUGACUCCGCGCCCGUACCUGACGACGAGGACGGUGGUGAGGAGGACGAGGACGACGACGACGACGAGGGGGAGGAGAUGGAGGAGGACGCGGAGGACCCGGAGGAGGACGAGGAGGAGGGCGAUGACGGCGAGGAGGGCGAGGAGGACGAGGAGGACGAGGAGGAGGAAGAGGAGGAGGGCGAGGAGAAGGAGGCACUGGCAGGGAGCGGGGCGGAGGGCCCGGCCGAGGAGCGGAAGGUCGAGCCGGCGUUCCUCGGUGACGGCAGCAAGGAGGAGCAGGAGCAGUCGAGCGUGAGCAACCACGACGCGUACCUGAUGGACGACCUCGUGAAGAAGACGCUGCGCAAAACGCUCCCGCCACCGACCACGCCCGCGUCCGCGGCGCCGAACCGGCAGCAGCAAAGCAACGAGGUGCAGCAGGACUCGAUCAGCAGCACGAUGGGAUCGGUUUCAGAGGACUCCCUCAACACGGAGACGGAGGUGCUGGACUACCGCAUCGCGGAGAAGAUCAAAACCGAGCUGGAGGAGAAGCAGAAGCUGGAGCGCCGGGCGCACACCGGCGGCGAGGAGCUGCCGACCACGUCCAACUUCUUCGACCAGUGCGACCAGUUCGAGCCGCCGGACGAGAAGCCGCCGGUGCCGGCCGCCCCCAAGAAGGGCCUGGACCGGUCCCGUGCCACGGGGGCGACCGAUCGCCCCGCGCACGGUGGCGUACGCAAGCGGGGCCGACGUGCGGCCACGGCCCACGACUCGGCCAACGUCGACCUGCACAUCGAGUACGAGGAGCAGGAGUACCGGCCGCUGCCUGGGGCGGCCCGGGGGACCAGCACGGCCGAUGGGGGGCCCUCGGCCGAGAAGGCCGCCUUCCUGGGGCCCGCCGGCCGCCAGCUCGGGCUGGGCCCGCACGGCACUGCGCCGGCCGGCCGCCGGCCGAAGGGUACCGGCACGGCCAAGAACAAGGUGUGCACCGGGUGCAGCAUCAAGCACGGGGCGGACCAGUGCCCGCUCAGCACGCCGCUGCGUGCGAUCAGCAACAAAAUCGAGCUUACCCAGUGGCUGGAGCAGAACGAGGACCUGAUCAAGAAGCACAAGCUGUUCCUGAAGCCGCCCGGCACCGGCGACGAGCUGGACGACGAGAUGGACGACCAGUACGACGAGGACGAGGACGACGACGAGGACGACGUGGAGGACGAGGAGGAGGACGGCGGGGAGAGCAGCCGGGGCAAUGGGAAGGUGGAGCUGACGCCCUCCUUUUCCGAGGUGUCGGUGCCGCCCGAGUUCGAGCUGCGGCCCUGCCCGCAGUCGAGCGCCAACGGCACGAUCAUCAGCAGCACCACGCAGAGCGCCGACGCGUUGCAGCUGCAAAAGCUGGGCCAGCUGGGUGACUCGCAGCCACCGGUAUCGCUGCCCCAGCAGCAGCAGCAGCAGGGGCAAGGCCACGACCUGCAGCAGGAUCAGGACUCGCUGCUCGACUCCAAGAGCUCCCUGCCACCGGCAUCAACGCUGGCCGGGUUCGCCGGCACGCUCGGGGCGGACCGGGAGACGGCCCCCAAGAGCCGGCCGGCCGGCGGGCACGGGCUCAGCAUCUACACGACCACCUUUAUCGCGAAGUAUACGAAACUAGGGCCCCUCACCGGGCAGAUUGUGCGCGAGACGGAGAUCCAGGACGACUGUACGAUGCGCCACAUCUUCGAGACGUUCGACGGCGCCAAGUCGACGUACACGAGCACGGAGAACAAAAACUUCUCCAACUGGUUGCGCUACAUCCGGCCGGCCCGCAACCGGGAGCAGAAGAACUGCGUCCUGCAGGUGCACGACGGCAGCAUCUACUUCGUCACGUGUCGGGACCUGGAGCCGGGCGCCGAGCUGCUCUACUGGAGCAACGACAGCAACUCGGCCUGGGGCAAGAAGAAGAUGGAGAAAACGAACUGCGGCGGCUGCAACCUCAAGUUUGACCAUCCGUUCUACUACCGCACCCACUGCUCGGUGUUUCACGAUCCCGGCUUCAGCCUGACGAUCCGCAAGUACCACUGCAAGGUGUGCGGUGCGGCCGUGCUCGGCAAGGAGAACAUUAUGAAGCACGCCGAAAAGCUGCACGACGGCAAGGGCGCAUAUCAGUGUCAAUUCUGUCAAAAGUUCUUCCUGCGGCUGAACUAUCUCGAGAUGCAUCGCACGUACGGUUGCAGUGCGAACCCGCAGCGCACCCGGCCGCUGUGCGAUUUCUGCGGCCGCAAGUUCUGCCAGCCGCAAAAGCUGAAGGUCCACAUCAAGCGGAUGCACAGCGACAUGGCGGACGUGCUGCGCGACUUCCAGUGCAAGCUCUGCUCGAAGCUGCUCGGCUCGCGGGCCGCCCUCCAGCGCCACUCGAAGGAGGUGCACAGCCGCAACUCGGCCGUCGUCAGCUGCCCGCGGUGCCAGAAGCUGUUCCAGAACCGGUCAAACCUGAAGAUCCACAUGCUGACGCACUCGGGCGUCCGGCCGUUCAAAUGCGCGGAAAACGAAUGUACGGCAGCGUUUACGACCAAGCAGUGUUUGCAGUUCCACUACAAGAAGGUGCACGGCUACACCCAGGAGCAGAUGCCAAAGAUCGAGCGCAGUGUGGCGUACACGUUCGACGCUUACUCUGGCGGGCUGAACGAUGGAAUCAUUGAUGAGGUCCAGCGUCGGCAGAGACACAAAUCGACCGCAUCGGAGGAGGGCGGGUACGGCGGUGAGAAGGUGGAGCGGAAAAAGCGCUCACGCCAGCUGGCCCAUUUCGACGAGACGUCAUCGCUGCAGCACCAGCAGUCCGAGCUUGGGCUUGGGCACGAACCGGUCGACCAGGCGAAGGUAACGCCCCAGCACCUCCAACAGCAGCUGUCGCCUCAGCAGCCGCAGCUCGACUAUCCCAGCACACCUCCCGCCGUGCAGCGCCUCUCGACGACACAUCCAUCAACCGGGCAGCUCGUGCUGCCGAGUGCCGACCUGCUCCAGAAGGACGCCGAGCUGCACCAGCAGAAGCUGCUACGUCAGCAGCAGCUCGCCGCCGUACAUCAAGCCGACGAGCAGCAGGACGAGCAGGGCGUGGAGCAGAGCAACGCGCUGCACCAGCACGAGCUGCACCAGGCCGACCCGCACCUGGACGACCCGGUGCUCGGGAAGGCGGAGCAGGAGCAGGAGUCGGCGCUGCAACAUCACCACCAUCAACAGCAGCUGGCCCGGCUGCCGUCGCCCUUCUCGAACAAUCUGCUCAAGACGAAAAACAUCCUCGAAUCGUUCAACGAUCUCUGCCGGAACGAGAGCAACCUGUCGCUGCUGUCGACGAAGAUCAGCUCGAUACUGAACAACAACCUGAAGGACAUUGCGAAGGUGGCGGCGAUCGGCACGCCGGCGGGCAGCAACGGCGGCAGUGUGGAGGACAUCCGCAAGAGCAUGCUCGAGCAGCAGGGGCUGGACGGGGAGAGCCGAGCCGAGCGGCUGGAGGACCUACAGCACCAGCAGCACCAGCACCAGCACCAGCAGCAGCAGCACGAGCAACAGCAGCAACAGCAGCAACAUCAUCAUCAGCAGCAGCAGCAGCAGCAGCAGCACCUGGUCCACCAUGCCCUGGCAGACGAGCAGUCGAAGCCGAACAGCCUCAACGUGAGCCAGCUGCAUCGGCUCAACAUAUCAAACCAGCUGGAUGCGGGUUCGGCGGCGGCUGCGGCGGCUGCCGCGGCGGCAGCAGCAGCGGCGGCGGCGGCGGCCGCCCUCCAGUACAAGCCGGGCACGGGCGAGGACGAGCUGAAGAGCGUCGGCGAGGUGGACAGCAGCUUCGUCGACAUGGCGUCGCUGGCGAGCAAUCUGAAGUACAAGGAGUACAUCAACGGGGGCGGCAACGCGGGGCUCGUGAUCAGCAAGGGCAGCAAGAAGUGGAUCAGCGACGCGGACCAGCUGCCGGGCGGGGGUGGAGGCGGCGACAGCGGCGGCGGCGGCCAGCAGGGGGCCGAGCCGGGCGGCAUGCUGAGCACGGUGACGGGGCGCGACUUCCUCACCAAGCUGAUCAUGAACGGGAACGUCAACACGCCGCCGCCGAACGUGGCGGACGAGGAGGAGGAGGACGACGACAACUCGACCAUACUGGACGUGGUCGACUCGAACAACCCGAACCAGCAGAGCUCGCACGCCCAGCUCCAGCAGUACACGUCCAACUUUACCGGCCUCAACCUGCCCGACCUGCCCUCCUUCCAGAGCCACGCGUUCCAGGGGCACUUCAACCACCAGACGCUGCUCGGCUCGUUCUACAACAAUGCGGGCACGGGCGGGGCGGGCCGCAACACGAUCAACACCAUCCCGACGUCGGCGAGCAUGCUGGUGGAGGCGGCCCUCAACUCGGUCAGCAACAUCAUCACCGAGGCGGAGAUCAGCACGAACCAGGGGGGCCAGAGCCAGGGCGGCCUCCAUCUGAGCCACAUCGAUCCGGCGGCCAGCGGGACGGACGCAACUGGCAGUGGCGGCGGCGGUGGUAGCAACAACAACAACAACAACAACAACAGCCUGUCCGGCGGCACCUUCGCAGCCGGCCCGAUCGACGAGUCGGUGGACGAGAUGAAGCUGCUCAAGUCGCACCACUUCUCGAUGCAGCUCAACUCGAUCUCGCAGUACUCGGCCCAGUCGACGAACGACUCGGGCAUCCUGUCGAUCCGGGGUGCGGGCAGCGGCCGGCCCAAGUCGCGCGAGAAGCUCGCCAUCUACGAGGACAGCGAGAUGCUCGGGUACGAGGGCCAGCAGCAUCUCGGCCAGCAGCUGCAGGGCACGCCGCACAACAAGCUGACGGCGAGCGUCGACUCCGUGCGCAGUGCGCUCUCGCCGGACGGGCAGACGGGCGAGUUUGGGUACGCGGCGACACCGGCCGCCGCGAGCCGGCAGCACAUCGGGGCGGGCGGGUCGCCGGUGCGGUCCAGCUCGCGCCAGAUCUACGCCGAACACGAUCUGAUCUCGCCCGCGUCGACGCCGUCGCUGCCGCGGUACGACUUCGGCCCGACCGAUGCCGGCCACUACGGCAGUGCCGGCCGGCGCCAGGACGCCAAAACGAUCAGCUCGCUCACGCUCGACAGCUUCGAGUCGAACCUGAAGGAUGCGCACCACAUGCAGCAGCUGUCGAGCGACGAGGACAACAGCAUCGUGAUCGCGGAGAACCUGUCCGUCAGCGCGGUCCAGUCGGAGGAGUCGAAGCUGAAGCUGUCGAGCGGGUCGGCGGCGGCGGUGGCGGCGGCCACCAACAGUAACGCGCCGAGCAACGCCGGCAGCGGGGCGGCCGACUUCAUCCAGAACCACCAGAAGUACGGCGAGACGGGCCGGGCGCUCGGCGGCUCCAACCUGCCGACCACGGCGGACAUGCGCAUCAAGUACGGCACCGACGAGCUGGUCGACUUUCAGCGCAACAGCGCGAUCGGGGACGCGUCCGACUUCCAGGGGCUGGACAUGUCGUCCCGGUCCACCGUGUCCGCCUACCACCACACGAACUUCCAGCUGUCGACGCAGGCGGGCAGCAAUCUGCACUUUAACCGCUACCACCAUCACAUCUACGACAUACUGAGCGAGCGGGAGCAGCAGCAGCAGCAGCAGCAGCAGCAGCAACAGCAACAGCAGCAACAGCAGCAGCAACAACAGCAGCAACCUCAGCAACAACAAUCCCAACAACAUCAUCAUCAGCAACAGCAGGCCCAACAACAACAACAACAACAGCAGCAGCAGCAACAACAACAGCAACACCAUCAACAUCAACAUCAGCACCAUCACCAUCAGCAUCAAACACAGCAACAACAACAACACACUCAACAACAACAGCAGCAGCAGCAGCAGCAGCAGCAACAAGAAUCGUUCCAGCUCGAGCAAACCCAGCUGCAGCAUCUCGUGCAGGAGCACGUCCAGGGCCAGGACUCGGACGCGGACCAGUCGGUGACGGUGGACCUGAGCCGCGGCUCCAGCUACCUCGUCCAGUCGCCGCCGACGCCCGCCCUCUCCUACAGCAGCCACCACCAUCCGGACAUGAUACGGAUGGUGUCGCUCGAUCUCAGCUCCAACACCGGCUCGCACCACGCGGUCAACAAUGGGUCGCAUCACGCGGUGCGCCACGCCACCUCCUUCCUCUCCACCCAGAUACAGCCGGGCGACCACCAUCGGCUGCUGGCCGGGGACCAGCUGUCCGCCGCCGGCAACCAUCGCCUGCUGGUCAGCGACCCUGCCACGCACCUCAUCUUCGAGCAGAACAACCGGCUGCUGUCGGACGCUAGCGGGCAGCCGGCCGCGGCAGCCCCGCCGCCGCCCCCGCCGCGCCACGUCGUGUCGCCGAGCCGUGGGUUCGGGGCGUACCACCAUCAUCACCACCAUCACCAUCACCAUCAGGUCGGCUCCACCAACUAUCACCAUUCGAUGAAGCAGAACAUUGCCUCGCCACCGAUCAACCAGCACGGCUCGUCGGCCGCCGCCGCCGCCUAUCACCCAUUCCCGACGUACUAUUAAACUGUGGUGACAGGGGGGGGGGGGAGGGGGUGGUAGCCACACCCCGCAAUACAGGAUACCAAGGUAGUUGUACAGCUUUUGUCGAUGGCACAAAGGGUUGAAGAAAAAAAAACUCUCCCACACACACACACACACCCUCGAAUUUUGACUGAGAAAAGAGAUACGCGGUCAUCUAGUGUCCGUAGAAUAAGUAACUGAUGUCUACCCAAACAAAGAAAGCAACAAAACAAAAACAAA